AUGCUCCUAGGGCGGAUGGGAGUUGUAGUCCGAAGCCGCGCAGUGCCCGAGGGGCGGAUGGGAGUUGUAGUCCAGGCAGCGCCGUGCCUGAAGCGCCCAGGGCGGAUGGGAGUUGUAGUCCGGGCAGCGCCGUCCCUGAGGUGCCCCGGGCGGAUGGCGCUGCGCGGCUCGCUGCGGGCCGGCCGGGCGCUGCUGCGGGCCCCGGGGCCGCCCUGCCGCGGGCUCUGCAGCCGGCCGCCGGCCUUCGGGUUCCUGCUGGAUGUGGACGGCGUGCUGGUGCGGGGCAGCCAGCCCCUGCCCGCGGCCCGCCGCGCCUUCCAGCGGCUGGCGGACGGCGGCGGGCGGCUGCGGGUGCCCGUGGUGUUCCUGACCAACGCGGGGAACUGCCUGCCCUCGGCCAAGGCCCAGGAGCUGUCGCGGGCGCUGCAGCUGCAGGUCUCUCCGGAGCAGGUGGUGCUGUCCCACAGCCCCCUGCAGCUCUUCAGCCAGUUCCACCGGCGGUGCAUGCUGGUGGACGGGCAGGGACCCGUGGAGGAGAACGCCCGCAACCUGGGGUUCAAGCACGUGGUCACCAUCGAGGCCCUGAGGAAGGCGUAUCCCCUGCUGGACAUGGUGGACCUGAGCCGCAGGCCGAAGGAACUGCCUCCUCCUACCACUGGCUUCCCCACUAUAGAAGGGGUGAUUCUGUUUGGCGAGCCAGUGAGGUGGGAGACAAGCCUGCAGCUCAUCACUGAUGUCCUCCUGAGCAAUGGGAACCCUGGGGCAGAGCUGCAGGACGUGCCAUACCCUCACCUGCCUAUCCUUGCCUGCAACAUGGACCUCCUGUGGAUGGCUGAAGCCAAGAUGCCCAGGCUUGGCCAUGGCAGCUUCCUUCUCUGCUUGGAGAGCAUCUACAAGAAGGUGACAGGCAGGGAGCUGAAGUAUGAGGCCCUGGUUGGCAAACCCAGCCCAGUCACGUACCACUAUGCCCAGUCCUUGAUCCAGCAGCAGGCAGAGAAGCAGGGCUGGAAGGUUCCCAUCCGACACCUCUAUGCAGUUGGGGAUAACCCUAUGUCUGACAUCUAUGGGGCAAACCUCUACAACAACUACCUCAAGUCAGCUCGGCAGAAGCACGUGCAGGCUGGGCUGAAGAGGAGCCCACAGGCAGCCUGUGCCCAGGCUGAGGUUUCCCUGCAGCUGGGGCAUGACUGCAGCAGUUCAGUGGAGUGCUGCCAGUCCCUUCUGGUCUGCACUGGGGUCUACCACCACACCAGUGAUGUUCCCAAGGAAACAGCACAGACAGUGUUCCACGGACACCGGGACUUCUGCUUCGACCCCAGCCUGCUGGAGCCAUCCUAUGUGGUGCAGGAUGUGGAUCAUGCUGUGCAACUGGCUUUUCAGAAGGAGAACUGGAGCUAGGGGUUCAGGCAGGUGUGCCUGAAGAGCUGCUGUAAGGGGUUUUGUGGACUGGAAAGGGAAGAAUGGGGAGGGACCUGGGGUGAUUUUCUAAUCAAGCUAAUGUUAAAGAAAAUUCCCUGUUGCAGCACUAAAAGCCCCUUAAUUUUACUGACACUCGUCUGCCAUCCUUACAGCUGCUGACAGACUUUCAACUGUGACCAUACACUGCUGCCAGCAGUAAUUGAGCCAUAAUGGAAACAGGGUAUAAGGAGUAGGCUUGUCCCAACAAUCCCAGUUCUGUUCAGCUCUCACAGCUCAUUCUCUUCCACACUUUGUGUGCAAAGAUCAGGGGAGCCCACCCUCCUCUUUGUGAGGUGUUUGAGGGCAAAGCUCUUCCCCACACAAGGAGCCACCAUCAGCCAUUUGUAGAAUGUGCUGUUUGUCCAGGCUGUGACUCCAGCACACCAAAAGCUGGGCUGUGGUGGCACCUUGCCAAGAGGAGACUUUUAAGUCUUAACAUUCUCCUCGUGAAGAAUAAGUGCCUAGAGACUUUAACAAAUUCUCUUUGCCUGGGGAUUUGCCACUGCAUCACUGUCAGUCUGAAACAAAGUUCUGUUUUUCAGUCAUCUGGCAGCUGUGGAGAGGCAGGGGCUCUCAAAGGAAGCUGCAGUAGCCAGAGCAACUUGCUGAGUUGAAAGUUAUAUAGUGCCCUCCCCCCUAUUUAGCAUUCUGUGAACACCCUGCCUUUUCCCACCAGGGAGCCAGCAGCCUGCUCUCAGUAGCAGAGGAAACCACCACAGAGUUUGAAUUGGCAGAGUUGUUUGCCCAGAACUCAGUGCUGCAGCAAGAAGCUCUUUUGGCACCCACUCUGAUCCCAGCUGUUGCAGGGAGCAUCCACCUGCUCCAGCUGGCACUGCUUCCAAGAGGAGCCCUUCUUUGGAGCAAGGGCCAAACAAAAGGAGUCACAGUCCACCUUUGCUGCUUCCUUGCAUGCAAGGGUUCAAAGAGAAGAUCAUCAAACUAGAAUGGUACCAGAGCCCCAGAUCCCCAGGCCUGAUCUUUUAGAAUACAAAUGUCUUUGUCUUCCAGUUCUUUUGUUCCUCUCAUCCCUCAUGUGGUUUGCAGCUCAGGGAUACCCCAUACAGUCUGACCUCUGGUCCCUCCUCUUUCUUUAACAUGGAAUCCCCUAACAUGAAUUAGCAGCUGCCUGCCCAGGAAUAUUUCCCUCACAUGCACCUUCUAUUGCCUCUUCUCCUAGCUCAGGCUAUCCAGAGAAAGACAAGAUUUGUGUCUCCAUAGACAUUCCAAAGAAGAUAAGAAAGGUUAGCAUGAGAAAUUAAUGUGAAAGAUUUGGCUUAGUGAGGAGUGUCUUAAUUCCAGAGGAGCACUAUGAUUUUAGAAGCACAAAUCAGCCUGUGAAUAUUAUGAAAAGCCUUGGAACCAGCACAACUGAGUUGGUUUUCCUAAUUACAGUCAGCUCACACCACACUGAAGCAUCAGAAACAGGUCUGCUCUGCCUCUUCUUUCCUCCUUCCUGCUUUACCAGGCAGCUUCACACACAGGGUGCAAACAAGAUAUUCUGCACAGAAGUUUGAGUUCUUCAUUCACAUCUCAGCAUCCAUGUGCACUCAAAUUCUGCUCCAGCAGCUCUCCAUCCUCUCAAUACUGGUGUGUCUUCCUAGGAAGGUCACUGCAGCAUAGGCUCUGUUCUUAAGUUGUGCCAGGCUCUGUGUGUGAAGCAGACCAGGUGCUUUCUGUUAACCCAGGCAAGGGAGUUUCUUCUCUUUUUCUCUGUCCUUUACUUCAUGAAUAGGAGCAGAAAAAUACCUCCUUGCACGUGUUUCCCUCCUGCAAAAUCCACAGUGGGGAGCAGUUUCUUCCUCCUUUACCACUACUUGGGGUUCACCUUUCUCUCAUCAGGACAAGAAUUGCUUGGCUGCUUCUAAAAGCAGCUGUAAUGGGAGGAACACAGAUUUGAAUCCUUUUCCUUUCACUGGAGAGAGAAGGAAAUUACCAUUUCAUCUCAUUGCACAAGACAAGGGCUUGUUUGCAAUUCCCAGAAGAGCUGCACAGGGGAGGACUUGGGAUAUAAGACAGGGAAGGUCCUUUAGCUGCAGCACUCUUCACAGAGAGGUUGUGCAAGGCCUGAAACUGGAGCCCAAACCCCAUUUAUUCACAGGGUGGCUCCAGUGUCCCUCAGCCUCACUUUCCAGAUGUGCCAUCCACUGCAGAAAGAGGAGCACUCCCUUUGCUUGCAGUGCUUGCUGCCUUGGGUGGUAACUUCCAUGGGAUUCCUUGGAAUGGUCCUCAAGGAUAGAUCUCAGGGAGCUGUUGCUGGCAGGAAAAACGAGCCACACCUUCAGUGUGUGGGUGCUGACUGCAGAAAUGCUGAGCUCUGUCCCUCUGCAGCCAGCCUUUGGCACAGCUCUCACAGUUAAAAGCAUGGUGCCAGCUACUCAGAGAAAAGGUGCUGCUGAACCACUGUGCCCUGGGGGCUGUGGCACCUCUUCCAAGGAAGGAAGGAAGAGGUUUGGAUUUGCACAGAGAAGGAGCCAGGCAUCUCCAUCUUUGGAAGAGCAGCAGAGGUGAGCUGACUGAUGUGAAUCUGCUUCAGAUGCCAAAUCUGCUUUUAGCUCUGGAUUUGUUCUUUUUUUUUUUUCUUUUUUUUUUUCACCAGUGUUCUGUGAGUCUUAAAAAUGCAUAGGAGGAACUUCAGUGAUAAGGAAUUUAAAAAAAAAAAAUGCUUUGCUUGCGAGUUAAAAUUGAACAGAAGGGAGGAGAAUCUAGAAAUAUCUUGUACCCUUUCCCUGAUUCAUACCAAGUAAGGUUGCAUAAAAAAUUCUGCUUUGUUGCUCUCUGCAUUCUCUAAUUAGCCAGAUGGGCUGCCCUUGGUGUGAGCAAUGCAAAGACCUUUCUCCUCCUGCCCUUCUCAGCUCCUUGAAACAGUGCACUUUGUCCAAGUCCCUGCCUGGGAAUUGCAUGGACCCACUGGAUGGAGUAGGAAAUCUGGCUCCCCCAGCUGCUCUUGGACACUGGCUUGAUUCUGAAAGGUUUCUGUUAAUGAAAUUGCUUGGCAGGUGUCCUGUAUUCCAUGAGUUGUGCUAGAGUGCUGUACAGGCUUGUAGCUUAUCUCCAGUUCAUUUAUGGACAUGUCUUAUUGCCAGAAUUCAGUGAAAUCCUUUUUCCUUGGAACUGCUGCUUCCUGGAAUUAGCUUCCAGCGUGGCUGGAACAGAACUCUUCCUUUGUCUCCUGUCUUGCUCAGAAGUGGUGUCUCUGAAGCAGUAUUUCUGUCCUUUGGAGCACUCAUCCUGUGCAGAUGAUGGGACUAAGCAGGAGAGGGGACUGCACUGCUCAUCCAAUCCCUUAAUGUUUACAUGGUGCACUGGCCUGUGCAGCAAACAGGGCAAAGACCUGAUCCUAACAGCUCCAUCUGCCAAAGAUGAACAGGUUUUAGUCAAGCCAGAAGGGAGUUUGCAACUGAGAAAAGCAGGAAGGAACCAAGGGAUAGGCCUUGUUUUGGAUCUGAAGCAAAGAGCUUUUAUGGUGGCCAGGGAAGUAAAUUCCUUUAUUCCACAGGACACAUGCAACUACUAACCUGCCAUUCAGGGCACCAGAUAACACUGCUGUCCCCUCCCUCCCAUCCUAAUCCUGCCAUGCCUUUCCCCCUGCAGUAAAUGGUAAUGUUUCAGAUUGUGUCAUGUGCACUACAGAAGAGUGGUUCUAUAUCAUUCAGAGAAAUCACAGACUGUGAUUAUUCUAGAUUUCAUAUUAAUUUCAAUGCAGUUACAGAGUUGAUACUUUGUUCAAGCACAUAUGUAAAAUAAUAAUAAAAGUUCAAGCACAUAUGAAAAUAAUAAAAGAUGUUUUCUUUGAAAUAAAUUUUAAAUUCCUGUGUGUACAUUUAAUGGGUAUUAUCCUGCUCUCUUUCACAUUUUUGCCCUAAAACAUGAUUAGGGCAAAUUCUGUUCGCUUUUUAUUUUUUUUUCUGUUCUUCAAACUAUUACCAGAUUUUCUUGAGGGAACCACCCUGUAAGAUACCCCUUCAGCAAUUAACUGGCAAACUUUCAGACCAGAACCAAAAGCUUCCCCUGAUUUCAACAGAAAAUUAAAGAUCCUGCUAGGUGAAACCAUCAUCUUUGAUAAUCUAGAAGCAGCCAGUUCACUUGCAGUGUUCUUACAGAUAUCUAGUUCAUACCUGUUCUCUAGGAACCAAACCUCCAUCAAGGAAACACUUCUCUUAAUUCACUAUAAUAAACCUCCUUUUCAGUUUUUAAACUAUGAAGAACUUUCUCCUCCAGGUCAGAUCAAUACAUGCUCUAUGCUAAGGCUGAGUAACUACAAAACACCAAAAGCAAACCCCAAACACUCUCCAAGUUCCUACCCUGCUACAAAAAAAAGUCUUGACAUUUUCUGCUGGUAUUGAAAGCUCUUUGAACUGGAAUGUAAUUACAAGCAAUAGACUGUUACCACUUUUAUAUCCUUUUGAGGAGGAUCUGCAUUCCCUGAACCAUAACACAGGAUCAGCACUUUAGUCACAAAGACUGUGUUCAGAAGCCUUGUUGAAUUUUGGUGCUGGCCAGGUGAAACCUUUUUACACUUGCCUGUAACUUCAGCCCUGACCAUUGAAUGGGUUAGAUCAGUGCAGCACAAAGCAUGGCUCAGAGGAUCCCAGAAGCUUCCUUUCCCACACAAAAGGCAUUUCAAGUGUGGUAGGAGCAGAUUAUGCUCCAGCUCCCUGAGAUCAGCUUUGCCUCCUUCCCUCCCACUGCUGCCAGUUUCUGACAGCUUACUGCAGGGUAUAAUUAGGUAUCUAGUUUCUGGUCUCUCUUUCAGGCAUAUAUCUGCCUUUUUUUUUUUUUUUUUUUUUUUUUAAUUUUUCCUUCCCCCAAGAAAUUGACUCAUUAUUUUAUUUUCUCCCAAGUUCAACCCUCAAGAAAGUUUUGCUUUACCCUAGCAGGGGUAUUUUUGAGGGCCCACUUGUUUCCAGUUGUGGUGUAAACUAAAAAUGGUAGCAUUUUAGAUAUUCAGUAUGACUAUUGCACAAAACUCCACUGUCUGCUGUUUGCCUUUAAAUACAUGUAUACACACACAUCUCUGUGCAUAUACAUCAAUACAUAAAGAAGCCAAAAACUUAGCUUGGGAGCUGCUGAAGAGUAGAAGCUAUUUAUAGUUCAGCUUUUUAAUGUUUUAACAGUAAUGGUUAAGCACUAACACAUCCAAGGGCUGCACAUUGCAUUAAAUAACUGGAUCACAUGGGAAGCAUCAGCUUGUCAUAUCUCAUCCUACAGGGUGCUACAAAAAGCUCUUCAGUGCUUUCUCGAGUAGAAGUCAUUUCUCCCCUCAUUCCCAUUUUAAAGCAGAGGCACAAUUUCUGCUUCCUUUCCUACAAAUAAGCUCCUUUCUUAUCCUCACCUCUUUGUUUGGGUUGUGUUUGCACUGCUGGAGCCCAUGCUCAGCCCAAGAAAGCCCUCGAGCUUCCACCCUUCUUCCUGGUGUUCCCCCAUUCCU